AUGACUGGCCGACCGGGCUAUUCGGCGAGGUCGUCGUCAGGGCUAGCCGCGGGGCCGGCUGCUGGCUCUGGCGGCGCUGUACGACCACGUAAUCGCCGCCUCAUCAGCAUAGACGACAAUAACAACGACAAUGACGACGUCGCGGGUUCCACUGGCGGCGGUGGCCUGCUCUCGGCCUUUGAGGCGUCGGCGUCGCAGCCCCAAUCGCAGCAUCAGGACGGCCGUGCCAGUGCAGGCUACGGCGGCGCCGCGAGCGGCAGCAAUGCCAACAUUGGCCAGUUCCUCGGCGACUCGCUGACGCAGAGCUGGUCCUCUGUCCAGGGAUUUGCUACGUCCAUCCUAGGUUCCGGGCCCAAGGACCGGAGAAGCCUGGGAAGCUCCUACGGCUCGAGGUCACCGAAUGGGAGAAUCCCAGCUGGCACCCAAGGACGUAGACGAGCCGGCAGCAACAGAGGGCUGGCAUCUUGGGGUCCAGAACCUGCUCCAAGCCUGGCAGACGUGGCCGCAGGGUCGCUUGCUGAACGGCAUGCUGCACUGCGAGCAGCCAAGACAGCAAGCGUCCUGGAGAGCCACGAUGGCGUCAAUGGCGGCCUGGAUGCGAGCGGACGACACAAGCGACGCAAUUCAGAUGAGGUUGAUACGACAGAACAGCCACCGGAUGACUACUUGGUCUAUAUUCACCAUGUGCAACGAAACGAUACGUACGCAGGUAUCAUUUUGCGAUAUCAAUGCCGCGAGGACGUCUUUCGGAAAGCAAACGGACUGUGGUCGCGCGAUAGCAUCCAAACACGGAAAUGGCUUACCUUGCCCGUUGAUGCCUGCGAAAUACGUGGUCGUCCCUGCGAGCCCCUGGCCUCCACAACUACGCAGCAAACAGACCUACUUGCGCCAUCGCCGGCGCCUACCAAUAGACCGCAACCGGAGCACGACGAGUACUUUAGCUCACUAUCAGACAUCGGCGAGAGUGACGCGCGGCAGAUUGGACAAGACAACAAACCAUGGACUCAUGUCCGAUGGGUCCAAAUAGAGUCCUUUCAGACACCCGUGGAGAUUGGGCGAGUCUCUCGUCAAUCGAUGGGCUACUUUCCCCCUCGCCGGAAGAAAAGCAUCCUGUCGGCAUUGUCCACCCCUCGACAGAGUUCAGACUUGUCGACUGGUAUGCCUGGGCCUUCGGAAAACCACCCGACACGACGGCAGAGUUCGCUGGGAAGCCAACCGCAGUUGUCUUUGACACCAGUCUCGUCGCGAAGCAGAGGAGGCAGCGAGGCAGCAGAGAACAGACCGGCCUGGAUGCGAAGACCUGGUGGAGUCGGAACCAUGGGACGCAGCAUUCGAGCGCCAGGACCCGACAAGGACUCUCUGAAUGCCUGGGCUAAUAAACACUUUCCCGGGUUGAACAUCGAUCAGCUCCCAUCCAUGUCAAUCAUGGAUUCCGAGAUCGCUCACUUCGGAUUCAAGGCUGGCAACAGCCCCAUUGCUGGCAGCUCCUUUGUAGAAGGUCGCCAGGAUGCCGCCGCGCUCAACAAGCAAGGCACGGGGUUGGAUAGGGCCGCCGCGGCCGUUGAAACCUGGCUGCGCGGAGCACUGGCAAAGCGGCCCACUACGCCGCUCAUGCGACCGCGGUCCAAGGGUGCUGCCACUAUGGACAGUGACUUGAUUGAGCUCACAGACACGGGUAGCGAUGACGGCCGCUUCCACCAUGAGCCCGUCGGCAGCCUCAUCGAGCCACUGACAAUCAGUGGCACAAGUAGCCAUAACCCGGGCAUUGGUGGCGCUACGAUGAGAAGUAGUGGCGGCGGCGGCGGCAAAGGGAAGAAAGAAGACUAG